AUGGACCAAAUUUGGCCCGUCGCCUCAACAUUGGCCCGUCAUGGCUUGACCUGCGUCCUUGCCCCGGCGUUCCCCGUCUGGCUCCUGCUCGCGCACAACACGUUGCUGCUGGACUGCACGUUGUACUGGGGGGGCCGUUUUGUGCUGCGAGUGCAGUGGGCCGGCCAGUGGGUCAGAUGGGCUGGUUCCGCCGUCGAGGCCAGCCGCCACGGCCUGCCUCUGCCCCCACCACCGCCGCCGUGGUCGUCCGGUGUGCCCCGAGGGCGCCGGCUCUGCUCCAACGGCGACCACUCCAAUUUUGAAGAGACGCGGAUUGUGGUGGGCGAGCACUUCCAGCGCAUCCUGGGGACGAUGCUGAUGGCUGCUGUGUUGGCGGCCACGCUGUCGUGGAUUCUCCCUCCAGCGCCGCGUCUGGCCCUGUCUUCGUCACCAUCGUCAUCCUCUGACCUCUCCCGUCACACUAACCCUUCCGUACAGAGUAACGUAUUGCCCGACCCGUGGGUAGGUGCCGACUUUAUCCAUGGCGGUGCUGUUGUCGAGCAGAACAACAACGAUAUCGCCGACACCAACAUCGACACCGACACCGACACCGACACCGACACCACCAUCGACACCAACACGGCCCUCCUGCCCCGCCGUCACUACCGCCGCCCGCCAAGCCAGUUUGCCCACGGCGCCGAUCCCCGCGUGUGGAUUCGUCGGGACGUUCCGGGGGGCGCCGAUGUCCGGGAUGUUGUCGUCCGCGGUGCGUCGCCCGCUUCGGCACAAAGGAACAAGCACCUGCCGCCCCUCGGUGCGUCUGGAUUUGCCGCCGCCCGCAAAGCCGCCCGCAAAGCCCAGCAGACCGCCGCCGACCAGUGGGUCCUCGCGCUGUGGCAGCGCCUGAUGGACGAAAACAGAGUGGCCAAGGGCCUGUCGGUGGGGACGCUCCACGGCGACGACGACGGCAGCGAACUGGCUCUCGCACGGUCGGCCUUUGGGCUGGGGUGCGCGGCGUGCGGCGACGGGUCGGCGGUCUUUGUGGAUGUGGACACGCUGUUUGACGACGUGGUGCGGCGACAUCGACCAGACGACGACCGGUUCGACUACGAGAACCCGCACGAUCGGGAUGGCGACGCAUCUUGGUAA